ACAACUCUUCAUCUUCCUCGUUUGCCAUUCACCACGCACAUAAUAACAAAUUGACACGCGGAGAUCUCGACAUAAACAAUGGAAAUUAAAAAGUCCAAGAAAUCGAAAAACGACAAGAAGUCCAAAUCGCCCAAGGAAUCGUCCGUUUCCCUUAAACUGACCGCUUUGCAUCGAAAGCAAAAGGAAGUCGCCCGCGUGCUCACUCUAAAACAGGAAAUAUUGCUGAAAUCGGCAAUAUCCUAUCUGGAAUAUCAGGAGAUUCGGGCAGAAAUCGAGCGACUUAACGGCUUGAAGGAGUUGUUUUCACGCCGCGCUGAUAAGCUAAAACAGCAGGACAAAUAGUUAUUAAGUCCAUUUAAUUUAGUAGAUAUUUUAAGUGUAAUGACAUCUGUUGCACAUGUACAUGCAACGAUUUUCAGUUAACUUUUAUUCACUUAAAAGAUUUCAAUAACACAUAGUGAAUAAAUAAGAAAAUAAUUAAUAUA